AUGAAUUCUCUGCCACCCGAGGUUCAACUUGAUAUAUUAAAAUAUGUUAAUUUCAAUCAAUUAUUCUCUGUUAGACAAACCAAUUGUUAUUUCAAUAACUUUAUCAAUGAAUAUGAAAACGAAUUGGCUCGUUUGAAAUUGCAUAAACUCGAAAUUGUUAAUGUGUUCCAUCAUGAUCGUAGGUUAAAUCCACGUCUUACUAUUCCACUUGGCUCUGGAAUUUUUAAAUUUAUUUUGAAUAGUCAACUUGAGAAGAAGUGGCAGACAGCGAUAGAUAAAUCACUUCCGUUGUAUUUACAUAAUUAUCAAAAUCAAUUUGUUGUAGUUUUAGAGAAAACAUUGAUCAGAUAUUAUAAUGUAAAAUUGCCAACCGUUCCAAAAAAUAUAAAGGAGAUGACUAUUCUCCGAUGUUGGAUGGAAAAUAUUUUUAAAUGUGCUUAUGAGUGUUUCUAUUGUUAUGGAUGUAUAUUUAAUCCAGAAAUGAUUAAUUUAUUAUUUGAUGACGACAAAACAAUUCCUCUACAAUUCCACACUCAAGAACUUUUUCUUUAUCCUACCAAUGAUAUUACAUGCAAAAAUAUUUUGAACUUCGCUUCUAUUCAUUUAGCAAUUUCUGAAUUUUUUAAUAUUAGUUUUAACGAGAACAUCAUUUCGGAGCAAAAUAUAGACAUUCUAUUCAAAUUUUUAAUAAUCGGAGGAAAUAAUUUACCUAAAUUUUGUUUCAAAUUUAUGAAAUUUUCCCUGUUUACGCGGCUUUAUGAUCUUAUUUUCCGAUUUAUAUUAACAUCAAAGGAUUGUUCAAAAAUGCUGACUGAUAUUGAAUUAUAUUGCAUUUCUUCAACAAAAUUUGAAUUUAAUGUAAAAGCAGAAAAUGCUGAUAUCAAACAAUUCAAUGGUGUAAAAUAUAUAAAAUACACCAUUGUCAAUAGACACGAUCCAAAAGCUAGAUUUUCAUUUUCCAAUGAAGAAUGGAAAACGGGAUCAUAUUUUCGUCUUAAAAUCAAAAUAAAAAGAUUUUAA